UUUCGAUGAUUGUAUUGCUGACAGCGGGAGAGACGAAGUUGUUUCUCGCCUUUCUUCUGACUCUUGAAACUGCCCAUACAGUCGUCAAGUUAGCUUAUCAUAAAAUUGUCGACUUUGUCACUACAGAUCUUAUCUGUAACAAUGCCUCGAGGUGGAAAAAGGGGCCACAAGGGCAGAGGGAAGCAAUUCAGCAACCCUGAGGAGAUUGAUCGACAGAUGAAGGCACAGAAAGAGUUGGAAGAAAAUGCUGCUGCAGAGAAAGGAAGCUCUUCAGAGUCUGGGGAUGAGAGCAGCAGUGAUGAUGAAUCUGAGUCCAGGAAGAGGAGUGGAGUGGAGGGGCUUAUAGAGAUUGAGAACCCCAACCGUGUGUCUCAGAAGAGCAAGAAGGUGACUGAACUAGAUGUCACUGCUCCCAGGGAACUGUCUCGCAGAGAGAGAGAGGAGAUAGAGAAGCAGAAAUCAAAGGAACGCUACAUGAAGCUACAUCUGGAGGGGAAGACAGAGCAGGCCAGGGCUGACCUGGCAAGACUGGCUAUCAUCAAGAAACAGAGGGAGGAGGCUGCCAAGAAGAGAGAUGAACUCAGGAAAGAAAAAGAAGCUGAAGAAGCCAAAGCAAAGCGCUAGUCCUCCACCUUCAAGCUUCAACAUGCACUUCAGUCUCAGAGGGAAGGAGAGUGGGAGAUCUGGAGGAGGAGGAGAACGGGUAGGGGACCAAUUCGAGCGGCGUCAGAUCAGGGAUGCUCCUGAACUCCUGUCUCUCGUUUCAAAUCAGAGGGGCGUGGGAUUUCCCUGACCGUGUGGUCAGGACAAGGGGCAACGGGUGGAGUAAAAACAAGAUGAAGAGGAAUGCAACAUUUGGGAUGCCUCUAGUUUUCUUUCAGAGUCCAAAAUCAAUCUCAGGUUUUCCAAGUGCUUCACUCUCUCUUUAUUCUUCCCCACCGUCUAUGGUUUUAAUUCUAAAGCUGCUGAAGUUUUUUCCAUUCCUUUUGAUUCAUAAAUCUUUACCUAUUACAAGUUAAGUAAAUGACUCGACAGGUGUUACAGUGAGUGUGCAUGAGGAAUUUUUUGGUGCUUUACUCCUUCUCAUCUCAGUUGCUUUGUACAAAGCCAAAUCAAAAAGAGAUGGGGGGAAAAAGAACCAUAUUUAGAGGAAAAACUGAUAUAUAGGAAUCAUACAGUGUAGUUUAGCUUUUGUGAAUAUAUUGCACAAAAUAUUCAUAACUUUUCUAAAAUAUUCCUAAUUCCAAAUAUGUCAAGAAUUCCACUUUUCCGCUGUCUUAUUUUUUCAAUUUCAGGUUUUCCCUUGUCUGGACCCUUUUUAUUAUUUACAGCUGUAAGAAUUAGGUGCCUCUCACCACUGCACACGUCGAUAAUUGGAUAUAUCUUUUGGUUUUUCAUUUAUUUUUUCUGCAAAUGUACACUGCUCACAUGAAUUAUGUUAUUGCUGACAGUUAAUAAGUGUUUUGUGGUCAUUUACUCAGAGCACUUAACUACUUGAAAUACCUAAAAUAAAUAAGCAUUUUUUUAAGUUGUUGAACAUCAGUGCUGGAAAGUGAUAACUGCGGCCUUGCCCUGUUUCUGAUGGGAUCCUCUGAGGUUCUUAAGGAGGGAUUGUGUCUUUUGUUGCCUUUCCAGAGUUUACACAGGACCAGUUCACUGUCUUUCUCCUGUAAUAAAAGUGCUACAAAGAACCUGCACCGAGUUAGUUUAUUUAGUACAAUUAGAAUGUAAUCCAGUCCCAAACCAGCACCGCUGUUAACAGUCUUUAAAAUGAUCACAGUAAAGUCAAUGUAACAUUUUCACAGUGGGAGGAUUUAUAGCAGAAAUGUUCAGGAUAAUCUGUUAACUCAGGAUGUGGGGCUUGAAAAGGCAUGAUCAGGAAACGGUGUUCCCUAUAAAAGAUAAAAUCAGCUGAAAGAACAAACUGUUGAAACCACAAGAUUUAUAAAUGUAGCUGCAGUUAAAAAAUAAGAUUUAACAAAAUUUCCAUCAUGUAAUUUAAUUAAUUUUAGAAAAUAAAUCCAUUUAA